UGCCGUUUAGUUGAGCACGAGAAGCCGGCGCGUGAAGUUCGCUCGAAAUGCGUUCGAAAGUAGCUUUGUUUACACAUGAGUGAAUAAAUACCGCCUCAAUAUGAGCAAGAAAAUGUGGCAGAAGAUCUUCAAGUCCAAGUCGCAGAAGCCGCAGCCCUUGUCCAAAAUCAACAAGCGACACAGUCGCAUUGCUUACGAGGAGUACCAGCAAUUAACCGAUCUGCUGGCCGGUGAAAAUGGACAGCUCAGUUUCGGCAACGAAAAGGAAAAUGAGCACGAAAAUGGAAAUGGAAGUGGCGGCAUUGACGUUUUCGAACAGCAGCCGCUGCAAGGUUCUUUCAACUCGUUGCAGUUUAGUGAGGCGCAUCAGCUGCAGCAACAGCAGCAACAAAAAUCGCAGCAGCAACAGCUGUCAACGUUUUCGCGCGUUCGCAACACAUUUUCCAUGAAACGCAACAGCAGCAGCAGCAAAAAGCUGGGAAAUGCCAAGCCAACAACAAGCAGCACCACGGAUCCCGAGACCGAAGACUCCAGGCGGGGCGCGGAGGAUGAUUUGCCUGCCCCGCCGCCACUGACCUCCGGAUCCUCCCUUCCGGUGCCGGAGUACGUGCCCGAGCAGUCAACACAGCUGACACCCUGUCCCUGCUGCAGUCGCACCUUCGUCGUGGACGCGCUGCGCAAGCACGUCGUCAUCUGCGAGAAGGCCUCCAAGAAGCGCAAGAUCUUCGACUCGUCGCGCCAACGCCGCGAUGGAACGGCUCUCUCCACGUACGUGCUGCCCAAGAACUUUGGCCUUCCCAGUGCGGAACGCACUGUCGGAAUACCAUCUCCUCCGAUCACCGGUCGCGAAACCACGUCAGUAAAUGCUGCUCCAGAGCCAGUGAACUCACCACUGCCAGUUCGUCGAAAGUCUCAAACGGAGAUGGUGCGCUCCACUGCCCGAGCCUCCAUGCGCAAGGCAGCAUCCACACUUUCCUCUAACUCGGCAACGGAGGCUCCAGCUGUGGCACCUGCUGCUUCGACUGCUCCAGCUGUUCCGGCUGCUCCCCUCGUCCGCGAACGAUCGCUGGCCAAGCGGAUCAAGGCACCUGCCUGCGAUCGUUGUCCCCACUGCGAUCGUACCUUUAAUCCCAAGGCAUUUGAUCGCCACGUAGAAUGGUGUAAGGAAAAGGCUAUUCAGGCCACCAUGAAGUCCACCAACAGCCAGGAGACCAGCAAGGCCAAGGAGCGCCUGGAGGCCAGGAAGCAGUACAGGCCCCCCAAUCUGAAAACCAAGAGAUCCCUCGCCAGAGAUAAGUACUCCGGUAACCACGAGGAGGUUCUGGAAGCGGGCGAGAUGACAACACCCAAGCCAAGCCUGAUGUCCCAUUCGAUGACGUCGUCCAUGCACAGUGAUAACACUCAAGCUCAAGUCACCAGCUCGCGAGCAGGAAGUCGUGCCAAAGCAAACUCCACGGUUACCCAGAACCAAGUAAAUCUGUUCAAUGAGGAUCCACCAUCACCGCCGCCACCUAAGGAACGAUCUGCACUGCGCCGUUCCAAGCGCACUCAGCGGGAAUCCUGCAACGAAAUUGACGAGACCAUGGAGCAGCUGAGGCGGAACAGCGGUGGAGAUGCUCUCCAGUUGGCCAAACUCGAUUGCGUGGAGGCGCCAGUUCUCCAGCCAGCUAGACGACGCAAGAGAGGGCCCAAAACGGAUAAACUAGAUGGGGUCGAAAAGCAGAUCUGCCUACCCCAAGUAACCAUGACAUUUGACGAGCUCAAUGGGUUAAUCAAGCGCAAAGGCGGCACGCCCAUUUGCAAUGUGGAAAUGGAUGAGCAGGGAAUCGGUAGUCUGGUCUCCAAGCACCACUCAUCAGCAACCCUAGUGCGUAAGGCACAUCGUCGUAUUCGCACCAAGGAGAACCCCGAUCUGGAGUUGCGUGCCCUGCAAUCGUCAUGUUCAGCUAUUUCCAAAGACGUACAGUCCAGCCUAGUGCCCAUGCAGAGAAAUCAGUCAAAGAUAUACUCCGGAUCCGAGGAGGAUUCGCCAAGGUCAGAGAUUCAGAUCAAGCUAGAAACUGCAACCAUGCGCACGGUAUGCCUACCUCAGAAGAAAUCAGGUCGCUCUUCCCAGGCUAACUCGGAGCCCAAACGAGCUUUGCCAAUGUCCGAUUUAAAGGAAAGCUUUGAGGCCAUCAACCAAUCCAUAGGCCAAACAGUUCUCCCGAGACUACAGAUGGGAAAUGAGAGGCAGGACUAUGAACCGGAGGAGGACGGAACGGAUAAUUAUACCAGUGAUCUAGAUGAGGAACCCGAAGGUGAUGACCUAAUGGCUCGAGCAGCAAAACUAAUAGAGAGGGCUCGUUCAAACUCCAGUCCCAUCCGCAAUCCUGAGCAGGUAGAUAGCCACAGUGAACAUAAUGAGGAGCAACCAGAGGCGGAACGGGAACUAAGGCUGCCGCCUUUGACCAAACAAAAUAGCAACGUCAGUCGCCGUGGAUCCCAUGAGAAUAACGAAAGUGCUAUUGCGUACUUCAAGGCACUUAAUGCCAAGCGUCGUUCAAAUAGCGGCCUGGGGGACAAAUACGAUCCCUUCCUCUCGGCUAAGCGGCAGCUGGAGGAGCUUUGCUCACCCAGCACGCCGCCGCCAGAGGAAGAGGUGACCACCACCAAAGUUACUAGAACAAUGACACCCACAGCAACCAGCACUCCCACAGCCACACCCAGUAUCGCCAUGACCACUUCAUUGACCACGGCAGUCGGUAAGCCCGUACAGGUUACCCAAAAGACCACUCCGACUUCCAAUUUUCGACGUACUUCAUCGCUGAGAGGGCCACGUCGUACGCCCAUGCUGAACAGCCGGCCGUUGUUUGCCACCAACUAUCGCCCCACCAUUCAGCGGGGUCUGUCCGAUGAGGGACCCAUCUCCACCAAUUUCCUUAAACCAGAGGAGUUCGACGAGAUGCCGGUAAGAGCUGCAUGCGGCAAUGACUUUCACAGCCCAAGAGUCGUGCGCCGGGAUACCAGUGCCUCCAACCGAAAGCAACUGCUUAAAUUGCCCGUGGGUGGAACCAGUGAAGCCAGCAACGCAUCCUCCUCUCCUCAGGCCGCCCGCAGUGUGGCCAAAACUGACUCCCUGGCUGUGUUCCUCAAGUACGAGCACGAGCUAGAGCAGCUGAAUGGCAAGGCGGCUGAGCUGGCAGCCGCCAGCCAGUUGACCAGCAAGGAGCAAAAAGACAAGAGCAACACGCUGAGCAAACAGAACUCUGCGAAGAGCUUGGGACACAGUACUCCCACACAGUUGCCACCAUUAACUCCAACAACGGUGCCCGUUUCGCCAGGUUUGGUUAAAGAGGUCAAUUUCCCACCGGUGGCCACUCCGCUUCGAUUGGAACCCAUCAACAAGGCGGCGAAGAUCUCACCGGCUCCCCUUACGCCCAUCAAGCUGGAAAGCAUCUUUGGAACGAGGAGGGAAACGGGUCUGGGGUCAGGAUCGGGCUCUGUGGCAGGCGAUUACAUAGAUCCCAAGCUGAUAAACGCCUUUGAUAAUCUGCAUGUAAACAGUGGUAUAUCAUCGGAUGCCAGCUCCACGCCUCAGCAGUUGUCCCAAGGCCGGAGCAGGAGUAGCUCCCAGUCCACCAUCACCCACGAACGGAGGCAAUCCGGUGAGGCCAGGAACCUGCUGAAGCGGAAGAUGCGAUUGGGACGGAACCAGUUUCUGUACGAUGCCUCGCCAGAGGAUGCGGAUGCUUCAUCAAGCUGCUCGGCAGACGAUGAGGCCAACCGGUCGUCCAUGGAGUACGACGAACAGUGCUGGCAGCAACAGCAGAAACAGCUAUUGGCCAAUCCGCUGCCGCUGGUCAUGCCCAUGGUGCACAACGCCAUGCCCACCUUCGAUGAUUUUGACUUCGAGGAGUUCCUCUCCUCAUUCGAGAACGAGAAUGACGACGAGCAAUUCCCGCUGUUCAAGGACUGUCGCGAAUUCCUCAUGAAUCGCUCGACGAGCAGACAACGCUCGUUCCAGAAAGCGACUUCGACGCUACAGACGACAGCCACACAGAUUACACCACUUAGUCACCAGUCCAAGAUUAAAGACAAUCACGCCCACAGGUCUGAUUCAAAAAUGCCCGAGGAGAAACUGCAACGGCAGCAGUCGAAUGCCUCCAAUUCCAGCAGCCAGGAGGAGAAGAGCCGCCAGGAGAUGGAGAAACGGCCGGCCGACGAUGAUCAAAGAAAGCGAGAGAUUUUUAUUAGCAUUGAGACGGAGGCCAAUGCUCAGGGGCGCUCACCCAUUUCGCCCGAUUCACUGCGCCACAUGGUGGGCAAUGCCCAGGCGCACAUCGAUGUCCUGCACAUUGAAAACGGAAACGAGCCGGAACACGCAAGGUUUAGCAAGAUCAGCGACACGGAGGACGCCGGAAACGAGCCCAGGGAUCAGGCCAGCCAAUCUACCAACCGGCUGGCCCCAUCCUCGAGCGGAUCCGGAUUGGCGCCCAACGUGCAGCUGAACAAUGCCAAGAAUCUGAUCCAGCAGAUGCAUAGCGAGUUCCGGCUUAUGGGCGAGGAGGCCAGUGCCUCCAUGCGGCGCCAGCUUAUCGGAAGUAACGGCGGUAGAGGCGAGGAACCGCAGCGCUCCAGUAGUGGGCUCCCUUCUUCAAAUACAACACACCGGGUCGUGGCCAGCUCGCCAAUGACUCCGUCACCGUCGGCGGAUUCAGAUGAGUUAAGUAGUCUGGAUGGCUAUCCCGUGUCCUCGUCGCAGGGUUUACGUCGAGGAGCCAGCUCCAAGCUAAGCUCGGAUUCAGCAUACGGCAGCAGCAACUCACCUUAUAGCUUGUCGCGACAACGCUCCUCUGAGCUCCAAGCCGGCACACUACAGUCCCAGGGAUUGAUGCGUCCACAUACGGCCAGUGCCAAGCUGGCCAGUUGCAUGAUCGAUGCCUCCACGCAGGCACACACUGAUUAUGGCACCCUGAAGGCUCGCCAGCGUCUCUUUGCACCAGAAUGUGGAAACAACAAUGGCGAAGGAGGCGAGUCGUACAGUAGCGGAUCCGAACACUCUUUUGCAACAAAUCCAAAACAGCAGCAGAACAUCAACUACAACUAUCAACAGCCACUGCAGCAAGAUCAGCAGAAGCAGCAGCAGAUGCAACAGAUGCAGCAGCAGCAACAGAUGCAGCAAAUGAACUGCAACUACAACUACCAACAGGAGCAGCAGCAGCUCCAUCAUCAGCAGCAGCUUCAGCAUCAGCAGCAGCAGGCUAAAAUCCCAACACCAGCAGGUUACAACACAACCAACAACAAUGUACCGAUGACACCCACAACGUCAGAGAACUCACUGAUGAGCACCUCGUCCAUGAGCUCAAGUAAGAAGUCCAAUUACUGCUACGAAUGUGGCUCCAAGUUCAUAUUCGAGACCGCCAAGUUCUGCAUGGAUUGCGGCUUGAGGCGUGCUGAACUUUAGAUUAACCCCACGUAGCCAUUGUUUUCAGUAGCUGACACCACUCACAAAACACAGAAAAUGAACACUAGCCCGGAAUGAAGACGUCCUCCUGGAUUGGUUUUGGGAUCUUAAAUAUAUACCAAAUGUAGUUGUUAAACGCAAGCAGAUUGCGAAGAGCGCUAACACCGCUUCUAUACAGAAUAAUACAAAUAAUAUAUAUUUUAAUACGAACCAAAUGAAGCAAAACAAAGGUUUUAUGUCGAGCAAACUUUAAUUAAACGAACUAAACUUGGCAUUUCUAUCUUACACAUAUUUCUCAUCUUCAAUUGCUUAAAAUACAAAAAAGCAAGCAAAAAAUGCAACUCAACGUAAACAAAAAAUAAACACUUUAACAAAGUUGUUGAUUAACAAAGACUGAACGAAUUUAAAGAAUAGCGAUAAAAAAAAAACAUUUGAAUAUCCAACGCGGCAAGAGCAAAACUAUUUUUAAACAUUUUUUCAAUACCUAACGCAGCAACUCCAUUGUAUUUGUAUUUUGUAAUCGUUUUACUAAUUAUGUAGACACUGCUUAAAUAUAUAUAAAUAUAUAUGAUAAAUAUGGAUUCGAAUCACCGAUUUGGAUGAAUAUAAAAAAAAUUGAUUAAAAUGA